AUGUCCACCCCUCCACACCUUGACACUGCUGCUGCCGCGGACCUCUCCGCCGUCCUCGUCCACCUGGUCUCUGCCUUCGAGGUGUACAUGGCCGAGGAGGUAUUAAUCUGUCCACCCCAUACUCUCCCUCCUGGAGGGUGGGUUCCCGAUACCAACACAGUGUAUCAAUGGGCGUCGUGGGCCCGUGCCCUCGUGAUCGACUUUUAUGGCUACAUUGCAAAUCACCAUCUCGCGGUGCAGUUCCACCAUCCCCCGGCUGAAUUCAGUAUCCAGCCAGUGCUCGUCCGGCUCUUGACUUUGAUGUUCCAUCUCUCCAGGAAUGACCGUAUCCCCACCCCCCUCCGACCCCUCCUUAGCAAUCUGGAGGCAGACCUUCGCUGCCCGGCGCAGAUCCACCCAAAUGGCCUUACUCCCACACCCUCCUUCCCUCCGAAUGUGGCCAUGCGCUCCGCCGUGCUUGCCUCCGGUGCGACUCAUGCCGCGCAGUUGGCUGGUUGUUCCCAAUCGGCGCGCCGUUCUCGCCCGCCCGUGUCACCCUCCAUGACCCCGUCUGUGGACGACGAGCGCGAGGUCAAAAGCGAGGAUGAGCACGACGAGCUGGACGACGAUGAAGAGGAAGUUGCUGAGUUGGUGGGCCAGGUACACUCCUGGGAGGCAAGCUCACCGUAA